GCGGUCGCGGCGGCGCGCGCACGACGUCAGACUCGGUAUCGCGGCGGCGGCAGUGGCACGGCUACACCGGGUUGGGCCCCUUCCCUUCUCCGUCCCCCCCUCCUCCCCCUCCCCUCAGCUGUGGUUCCCGAGGAGUUCGACACGAGCUGCGAGGCGGCGACAAGCUCUAAGUGAGUGUCUCCGGAGUGUGAGUGCCGUUUCCCGGGCGAAGAGGGGUUAACUCACUAUCCUGAAAGUCCAUCCUCCCAAGAAGAAGGGACAGAAAGAAAGGCCUCUUUGUAAGAAAGGCUUGUGUAUCCCAUGAACGAGACAGCGAAAAACCGGUUGGAGUGCAGCAGGACUCCAGAGCCAGAAAUACGGCUCAGAAAAGGGCACCAACUUGAUGGUACGGGGAGAGGUGAUAAUGACAGCCACCAAGGAGAUUUGGAGCCUGUUUUAGAGGCAUCUGCUCUUUCUACCCGUCUCAAAAAAAGCCCUGAGGAACAUGAGUGUAAUGAUGAAGCUUCUCAGGAAGAGGAGGGGUUUAUGGGAAUGUCCCCUCUCUUACAAGCCCAUCAUGCUAUGGAAAGAAUGGAGGAGUUUGUUUGUAAGGUAUGGGAAGGUCGAUGGCGAGUAAUCCCCCAUGAUGUACUACCAGACUGGCUCAAGGAUAAUGACUUCCUUUUACAUGGACACCGGCCCCCUAUGCCUUCUUUCCGGGCCUGUUUCAAGAGCAUUUUCAGAAUACACACUGAGACAGGCAACAUCUGGACACAUCUCUUAGGUUGUGUAUUCUUCCUGUGCCUGGGGAUCUUUUAUAUGUUCCGUCCAAACAUCUCCUUCGUGGCCCCUCUGCAAGAGAAGGUGGUCUUUGGGUUGUUCUUCUUGGGGGCCAUUCUCUGCCUUUCUUUUUCAUGGCUCUUCCACACAGUCUACUGCCACUCAGAAGGGGUCUCCCGACUCUUCUCUAAACUAGAUUACUCUGGCAUUGCUCUUCUGAUUAUGGGAAGUUUUGUUCCUUGGCUUUAUUAUUCUUUUUACUGUAAUCCACAACCUUGCUUCAUCUACUUGAUUGUCAUCUGUGUGCUGGGCAUCGCAGCCAUUAUAGUCUCCCAGUGGGACAUGUUUGCCACCCCACAGUAUCGGGGAGUCAGAGCAGGAGUGUUUUUGGGCCUAGGCCUGAGUGGAAUCAUUCCUGCCUUGCACUAUGUCAUCUCGGAGGGGUUCCUGAAGGCUGCCACCAUAGGACAGAUUGGCUGGUUGAUGCUCAUGGCCAGCCUCUAUAUCACGGGGGCUGCCCUGUAUGCUGCCCGCAUCCCCGAACGCUUCUUUCCCGGCAAGUGUGACAUCUGGUUUCACUCUCAUCAACUAUUCCACAUUUUUGUGGUUGCUGGCGCUUUUGUUCACUUCCACGGGGUCUCAAACCUCCAGGAGUUCCGUUUCAUGAUCGGUGGAGGCUGCAGUGAAGAGGAUGCACUGUGACACCUACAGUAGCCAGGGACUGGGACCCUGAACCAGGGACGGCAGCGCCUGCAGGCCUCCCUUCCUGGCCACCGAUGCCGGUACCAGAGGAGCUCCAAAACUUCGGCAGCCUCAGGGGCUUGGUGAUGCCCCAGGGGCUCCACGUGGCACAUGACUGAGGAGAGAAAAACAAAAAUAAAUCAUACCUCAAAGGAUGGAGUGCAUCAAUUUGGAGAAAAGGAGAAAUGGCCCAAACCCUGACGUAUUCUUGGGAUGUACUGAUUAAGGGCUCUGCAGGACUCUUGGCAAACUGGCUUCUGAUCUGUAUCAUAUUUAUUUGUUGAAGACGGGGAAACAGUUUAGCUGGUGGUUCAUUCUUCUCCCUUUCUCUCUCCUUAAAACAAUAAUACAAACCAAUUUAGGUGAACAUUUAUAUCCUAUUAAGGGGUGGGAGUGUGAUUUUAGAUGCUGUUUUGGGAGAACAAACAAUGUAAAUAAGAUUUCUAACUUACUGUUUAAAUAAGAAUUUAUAUAAAUGUUUAAAACAUAGGGGUAGGGGUAGGGGAGGGAGGGAGAAUUUUUGUAUAGGAUGAUACAUGCAAGUACCACACACUGUUUCAAUUUUGCACAAAGUGACUAUAGGAGGUUCAGGCUAUAGCCCCAGAAUGUAUAAUGCCUUGGUGCACCAAGGUGCCUUCUGAAGGCUGACAGACCUUGGACCCUGGUGGGGCAGAGCGUACAGCCCCAGCCCAGUGAUCACAUGACCACUCUCAGGGCUGAGAGCCUUUGGGAGUCAUGAGGUAGAGGGAGAUGGUAUGUGGUUUCUCAAUAGAAGCAGCACAUGAAUGGCUAACAGGAUGUUAGAUAAAGGCUCUAUAUUGUUAAGGUGUCCUUUGAGAGACUGACUGCUUUUUUGUGCUGAUGGCCCUCUAAGGAGUAGAGCCACCUGCUUCAGAAAGUCAUUUAAGCUGGCAGCAGUGGCAGCGGGGUAGUAGUGGAGACUGGAGGGGAAGCUCUGGAGGCAUUAGCACAGGGGCUGAUCUGGUUACUUUCCAUCAUCCUGUUCAGUUUUUUUGGUGAUUUUUAUCUGAUUGCAGGGAUGUGACAGUUUUCCAUAUCCUUGUUACAGAACUGUGCAAUACCCUGAAAGUUUCCCUCUAUAAAAAUCACUGCCCCAACUACCCUUCCUCCUGGGACUAAAAAUCAACCUUUUGCCCAGCGUCAUUUUUCUGGGCAUGGAGCCAGCCACAAAAGUCGGCCUUGUCCAGGUGCCUCCUGAGCUCACUUACCCAGCUUGGAAGAACACUUCCUUUGGAUUAAGAAAAUGAUUUUCACCUGGCACUCUGCCUUGGCAAGCCUCGGUAUGACAGACCUAUCAGCUCUCCUUGAACAGAAAAGCCAGAGAAAAGCCAGGAGAACUGUUGUAAAGCAGGGCCCAGUACUCACCAUGGAGUAUCAGCAUUCCCUGAAUCCCAUUUAUAAGGGAUAGUAUGAUGGGAAGUUACAAAAGGAAAAUGGUAUGUUGUUGCCAGGAAGUCUGGAAGAACCUUUAAAGCUAUAUCUUUGAAGAGCUGCUAGAAGUAAAAGAAAGACUGCUUGUGUCUUAGCGGGGCCUUGUUAGAGUGUCAGGGAGAGUGGUAGGGGAAGGCUCUGGCUCAUAGAACUCUCAUGUUGGCUCAUACUUCUAAUGACCCAAAUAGCACUAGAGUCUUAGGUUACUUACUCUCAUCUGAGGCUUCAGGUGAUUGUUACACCCUGGGGAUUGUGGGUGUUAGAACGAAACAUUGAGGCCCUAAGCAUGGAGGCUGGCAUGCUCAGCUGGGUGUUUGGGAAUAUGGAAGGGUCUCCUAUUUAUUCCGGAUAGGGUAUUCUCGGUUCUUUUUCCCUUUUCUUUCCCCUUCCAGUCUCCAGCAAAAGCUGGGAACCAGGAAGAAAGAAUCCAUUGCAGAACUUGGGAAGAACUUGAGUAUUUUGGUUCUGGAUAAAGUCACUACCCCGGAUGCUAGGUGGACCCAGCAAAAGACUCAGUGGGUGAACUGGUUCAGUGCCUAACAAUAAACAGUAUUACUCCCUUUAAGGAGACAGUCCAGCAAGACAGUGGCCAUCUGGAAGGAAGCUCACUUAGUUCCACGGACGCAACAGCACAUAUCAGAGGCCAGACUUGCUCUUCGGUCAUGCACUUGGGAUACGGGGUAUAAGAGGCAGCCUUGAAAUACCACCAACAGAGGUAGCCAUCUCUGGGCCCCGUCACCCGACACCCGAAAGGAGGAGCUGAAUCUGGUUCAACAUAGCACAAACCCUUAGAAAACAUGAAAUUUAACAUCAAAGAUGUAUAAUCCAGUAAAAAUCUCUUUAGGGUGUGUGUGAGUAUGGGUGUGUGUGUGCCCAUUUAUAUAUGUGUGUCUGUGUGCAACUCACUACCAACAGCCUCGCUGUACUUGGUCUUACAGUGCUCGCUGAGAACUCUCACCAGGUUGGCGCCUGAAUGCCUUACUCUCAGCAGUGAAGAGGCUUGCUUGCUCUGUGCAGAUUUUUAAUUUUCUUUUUUGGCCCUAGCUGAUUAGGACCUCUACAGCUUCAUUCUCUCACCAUUAAAUAGUGGCCUUUUUCAGUAUUUUUUCCCUUACCCUUUAUAAAUUGCUGAAGCCACAAAGCACAUUCUGGGGAUCAUAGAAGGCUGGGGUCUCAGAAGACAUCUAUGCGAUGGCUCCAUUCAUCACGGGAUCUCCCUUCUUGCUGUGUUCUCAACUUCUAAUAAAAAGAACCAAAUGGAA